AUGGCACUGCACAGAGAAGCAGAAGCGUAUGAUGGUCAAAAAGUUUAUUUAUCGAUCUCGUGGAUACAUCGCCACUGCAUCGCCCAGAUCUUUAUCUCUUCUCAUUUGUUGAAUGAGGAUCAUGCAGCCGGAUGGUUCAAGAUCAAACGCCCAGCCGUGAUUGGGCCUAUAGGAAAGCAAAUGUAUUUGACCGAACAAAUCUUCUGUCUACCUAUUGCAACAAUGGAAACCGACGCACUGCUAAUCCGGGAUCAUGAAUAG